AUGAAUAUCGCUAACAAUGUGGAUCCCAAAGAAAUGGCGCGCUUUCAACAAAUGAUCCAGCGUAUAAAAGAGCUCCAGGAGCAACUACGAGCAAAUGAUGCCUCAGGCAACAAACAGGCCAAUCAGCUAAUAUAUCCAGAAUUAACCCAAUUGAGUCAACAAGCUCAGCAAUUCAUUCGCUCUCACCAGCAGAAUAAUAAUGCGAACAAUACAGCCAAUACUGGUACUACCAAUAGUAAUCAACAGCAGCCACAGCAACGACAAAAUACAGCACCAAUGGCUCCCUCUCAAACACCGAAUAGUAUUUCAGGCCAACAGCACCUACCCCAUCAAAAUAUGAGCAGCAAUAUUGGUAAUAACUCUGCGUCGCUCCCUACCACACCUCUCAGUUGCAAUGAUAGUGUGUCUUCGGCUCAACCUCUAGAAGCUUCGGCCCAAAAUAACCAACAAAAUUACCAAAUAUCAGACGCGCAAAAAAAACAAAAUCUCCAGAUACAAACCGACCUUUUCGUGAAAACUCUACAUGAUUUCCUCAAAGCUCAAAACAAACAAGUGAACCCCAAUCUGUUUCUCAUAGACAAUAAACCUAUCAAUUUGUUCCUAAUGUACUUCCUUGUCAAUAAGAUGGGUGGUUUCCAACUGAUCACAAGUAAUAAUCAAUGGGAAAUAGUUGCGAUGCGCCUCAAUUUGAGCUCUCCAAAUAAUCCAAACCAUAGUCGAAUUGCUUUGCAAUUGUUCAAUUUUUACCAGGAAUAUAUCAUGCAAUUCGAUAUAUAUUUGAAAACCCCAGAAGGCCAAAAGCUAUUGGAGCUGAACAAAAAGGAAAAAAUUAUGGAAUUGCAUCAAAGGAAUCAACCUCAACUGCAAAAUCAACCAUCUAAACCAGAACCAGAUCAGCCCCAACAAAACCAGCUCCAAGCCCAAUCGGAACCGCGACAACAACAACCGCAGCCUCUGCAAGUAUAUCCUUUUCCUCAAAACAUCCAAGCCUCUCCUAAUGGAUUUCAGUCCAUGCCCCCUCCUUCUUCUGUUCAGACAUUGUCUAAUCCAAACACUCCACAAAUUCCUCCAAAUUAUAACCUCAGACCCCCAUCUAGUGCUUCUAAUACAAAUCCAAGUUCGCCAUCGGCAAGCACCGCAAAUAUGACUGUGGAUUCAAUGACAGAAUAUUCUAAAGAGGAUCCUGUGUUUAUCAGAAAAUAUGAUCCUAUGGUGAGAUCGACGAGUAUGCAUCAUGCAGGAUUAUCAGUAAAAAAACUUCUAGCAAUCGGAGAUCAGUUUGAACCUUUGAAGCCAAAUUACUUGUUUCCUCCGGAAACAGGGAACCUUGAUAUACAUGCACUCACGAUGUCUCUUCAAAGCUAUUCUUUAAGCGAAGUCAACAACGUUUUGAAUAUGUUACUUGUUAUGACCUCUGAUCCUAGAAUAGACAUUACCAUCAGUGAAUGCCAAGAGCUUUUAGAUCGAUUAAGCGAGCUUGGGCUUUCCAUUCUUGAUGAACUUGUGUUCGAUCAGUUGAACAAGGAUAAUGUUAAAUAUGAUGAAUCGAUUUAUGAAGAACGAUCAAAAAAAAGAAAAUCUUGGAAUUCAGAUUCAGGUAUUAAUCACAGGAAGAAAAGAAUUUUUAAACAAGAGAGUUUUAUUAUUGAUGAGGUUUACAAAAUAUCUCCUUAUGACAAAUAUUAUUUUUCAUCUAUUGAUGAUGAGUUUGUAUCAUAUGUUUCAAAGCAUAAAGAUGAAAAAGAAGUUGUGAUUACCGUUGACAGUUUCACUGGUGCUGAAGUGCCAAGUGAAAAUCUGCUGAAUAGUGAGACAGUUUUUGAAGAUCAUACUGAAGGUAAAUUGGCCGGUGAAAUCCAUGCUUUCUUGAAUCCCAACACUUUUAAAAGAUAUGCUCGAAAGAGAGACAUUUAUAGACAUGAUAGAUUGGAAAAAUUCAAAGAUCACUCAUUCGAAUCCCAUAUUACAAAAUUUAAGCUCCCUCCUUAUAUGGACCUUCUUAUGUUAUGCAACGAGGAAAUGGACGAAACUUUUAGCGAAGUUAAUAUCCGAGCAUCCGAAAAGUACCAAAUUAUGUUGGUUGAUCAAAUUACUACAAUUUCUAUGAUUGCCAGAAACUUUAGUUUUAUUGAGUCUAAUAAAUCAUUUCUUAAAGACAAUCGCUUGUUCAAGAGAUUUGUUUUCAGCUUAUUGUUUGCGUGCUUUGCCUUUGAUGAAUUUUUCGUCUACUCUAGAAGAAAAUUGGCUAUUACCAAAGACUGCUUGAUAACCCUUAUGAAUAUUGGCCACCUGUUACGUCUUGAUGAUUUCACCGAUGCUUUGCUUAUUGUGGCAUUGACUUUACAAUUUGGAGGUAGUACUAGUAAAGAUCCAAGUGAAAUUAAUAAGAAUCUUUUGCCUGAAUAUAUUCCACUGUUCGAAAAAUAUCAAUGCUAUGCCGUCGAUAUGUUCACCAAAGUCUUGGCCAAUAGUCGCGAGAACAGACUUUUAAUCAAGUGUGUGCUAACUGGUAAUUAUCAGCGCGAUGUGGUACAAUUCAAACCACUCCCUAGUAAAAAUAAAAGAAUUGAAGAGGAUACUGAGGUAGACGAAGACUUUGAUAGUAUUGACAAUGAUGCUUUUUUCAAUAAUUUGGGGCUACCGAUCGGCGACGAAUCAAUAACUGAUAAUUUAGCCUAUAAAUUGAGUGAAUUUUACAUUAAAGAUAUGUUUAAGGAGGCUACAAAACCUGAAUCAUGUAUUUUGGUUACUAAGAUGUUUGGCUACAUGAUGGGUGUCCUACCUUCUAGCACUUAUGAUACUUUGGCGAUUGAAGAAAAAACCCCUAUAAUUAUCCAAAGUUUACUCUCUGCAAACUUGUUGGUCAAAAUGAUUCCAGUGCAUAGCGGGGUGAGCAAAAAUGUGUCAUUGGAGUGGAUUACCAGUCAUGAGUUGGUUGGUGGCAACUUAAUUCGUCUUGGGCUUAUGAUGACACCAAUUCGUGCUGAAAAAGGGAAAGAAUUUCUUCCAUUGAUUGCUUCUAGGUCACUCAUGACUGUCAAUUUACUCCUUGAAAAAGUUUUCCAAUUUAUUGAUAUGAGCGUGUCACUUGGAAAAUCUGAUGAGGAAGACUGUAUUCAAUUGGCGAAGUUGCCUCGGAUUGUUCCCACGCAUGACGCAAUCCUUGGGACUAUUCUUUCAGGAAAUAUUGAUUCUAGCAUUCUCAAGGAGGUUUUAAAAUUGGCAAGUCAUUCAAAGAAGUUGAAUGAUUCCCUAUUGAAAUUUCAGGACAAUAAAGGUUGA